AUCCCGGCAAGCUCUACCAGGAACAACCUCUGCAACCAACCACGACAGCAUGGCAUCCAGACGGGCAGUCCUUAGGCUUCUCCAGGCAUCCGUCCGGACGCAACUGCGGCCGGCUCGACCCCUUGCAUCUCUUCCCAGACCGGCCUGGAACACCCAGCAAUGCCUGUCCAUCACCCGGCCAUGGCAAGCCACUGCAGCGCGUCCGUACUCGCAGGCUGCCAGCCAGAGCAAGAUCUGGAGCUUUGAAGACAUCCAAAAGCUCACCCAGGACCCAGAGGCCAACGUCGUCAUAGUCGACACGCGCGAGCCCUCCGAGCUCCAGCAGACGGGCCGCAUACCGGGCGCCGUAAACGUGCCGAUCACGUCCGCGCCGGACAGCUUCCACAUCGCCGACGGCGAGUUCGAGGACCGGUUCGGGUACCAGCGGCCCGGCCGGGACGCCGAGGUGGUCUUCUACUGUAAGGCCGGCGUGCGCAGCCGCGCCGCCGCGGGGCUCGCCCGCGACGCGGGGUGGGCGCAUGUCGGGGAGUAUCCCGGUAGCUGGAUGGACUGGGCGGCCAAGGGCGGGAAGGUGGAGCGGUAGGGGAGGCUGUUUAUUGAGGGUUUGUAAGGGGCGUUUUUUUUUCCAUAGAAAGGAAGAUGCAAUGCCUGUUCUACCCGAAUCGCAGACCGAAACUACAGUACAAUACUAGUGACGUGCAAAACAAGGCGAUGUCCUAUCCGGCCAA